AUGGAUGACAACCAUUUUUAGGGCUUUACAUACUCCUCUUUAGUGGGAGACAGCAGAGUUAUCUGUUAUCAAUUUUUGAAAUGUGCCAUCAUGCCUAAUUUUAGUUGAUCAAAUAGAUGUGACCACCAUAUCAUGGUGAUCACAAUGUUUACUGUAAUCUAUAGUGAGCCCAUUUCCACCCUAAAGUCUUGUUCAGAUACUGAUAUCAUCAGGAUCACAUUUGGAUCUGUUCACACUAAGUAAAGUUCCACUGUGUAAAAUGGCAGUAGAUGUGAUGAAAAAGAACAAAACAGCAUUUUUGAAAUGCUGCAAAAUAUCAAACAUGGACUAAACAUACUAAAUGUUUGCUUCAGUUGAGGUGUUCAUGUGAUUAGUUUAUCCAAAAGACAUCAUUUUGAGUACUUCAAAACCAUUCAGAACCAACAAGAUGCCAUAAUUUAAACCUGGGAUAAUUGAAUAGUUUUAAUUUGCUAAAUUUAGUAUACAGCAAGGUACCUAUUUGUUCAACCUUGUCCCCAUUAACAUGCAACUCAUACUAGCUGUCCUUAUUUUUGGCAUUUUUGAGUGGGAUAAGAUUGUUAAAUGAAACCUCAAUUGCAAAAUAAAUAUAUGGAUGUGUUUUUCUGAAAUCCCUCAUAGGGUCUGAUGUGUCAUUUUAUGCGUCCUCUCCCACCUGAAGUUGUCCCCCUGCAAGUGUCUUGCAGCAGUCUGAAGGUUUUACUAGUUUCUAAAUUGCUGUGUUGUGCUGUUUUACAAAUGCUUCCCUCAGUUCCCCAGCAUCCUCAAUGCUGGGGAACUGAGAGGAGCUUCACUAAAUGAUCAACAUUUUACACCAGGAUUGGUAAUCCUCUUGGUCUCCAAAUGUUAUUUAGAAUCAUAUUCCAUCAGUGUCUGCGUAAUCAUAGUGAAGAAUCCUAGCAAUUGCAAUCUAGAAACAGCCAUAUGGUCAAAUAGUUCAGAUCCAUGCUUUAGGAGUUGGUGUGGAUCACAAAAUUAUAAAACUUAGUCAUUUCCUAACUCAUAGUAAACAACUUUUGGUUAACCAGGUUAGGAAGGUGGUUUGAGAAGUCGGAUCCUUUCCAAACUUCCAUUUUUUUAAAAUUGCCGUGGUUUUGGGUGUCCAAAUUAAAAUUAAAAAGCCACGAAUGAACACUGAAUUAUUAUAAGAUUAAAAAUCAGUCAAUGUCUGUGAACAAGAUUUGCAGACUAAUUUAAUUUAAAGGGUCUUUGUGGUAUCAGUUAAAAUGGAACCUUAUCCAGAUUAGUGGCUAUAAGAAAAAACAUACAAAAGGUUGGUUGCUAUACUAAAGGAAUUAAAGUUAAAAACAGUAAUUGACUGUCUUAAGGUACGGAAACAACAUUAUUUUCCCCAUCUACCAUAUCUAUAAAGCCACUGAUGUUGCCGCCACUAUUGCUUUGGGACAUCAGUGGCUACUAAUACAAAUAGCUGUAAUAUCACCUCCAGUAUCAGUGGCAGGAUCCCAACCAGUGGCAUGGUUAACACGACUACAAUGGCUUCUCAACCUGUUGGAGCUGCUUUUCGCUUUCACAGCCAUUGUAACAUGUACCAUGUUAUCUUCUGCCUGAUCCCCCGUUGAGGUAUUUGGAUUGUGCUUGGUCUGGAACCUCCACUGCGCCCCCCCCCCCCCCAGUGCAUGGCAUUGGUGGUUAUGCCCAAAGGUUUAUUGGAACAUGCAAGCUGACAAUCCAUCAAAGGGAUCCCUCAUAAUUUCUGGUAAAAGCUGCAAGUGAGCUGAUUGUGUGUCAUGAUCACUCAUGCCAUGCAACUAUCAGUGUGUCCCCAUCCCCAUCCCCCCAACCCCACUGACAUAGAGCACAUGGCCAGUGGCCGAAAGAGGACAGGAUGCUGCAAGGAUGCAUGAACUGGCUAUAAAAGUCAGUUGUUGUGAGGUGUGAGAAGGUGGGCUCUAUGGUAUGUGCGAAAGGGCAGGCACCAGAGAUUUUGGGUGAUUUAUGACAUUGUAGCUAAGGCCCUAUAUAGGCGGGCAGUAAACAAUAAAGAUGUAUGGUAUCUUCAGCCCCUGUGCGUCUUGCCGUAUUCUUUCAAGAGAAGACUAAACCUAUAGCAACACAGCUGAAGCAAAGAACCCUUACACUGUGGUAUUUGUUUUUGUUAUCACUUUCCUUUUCCUAGGCAUGGCUGAGUCUAACAUUACCCUUUUGUUCUUACAUCUGUUUCUCUUAGUAGCCAGGUAACACUACCCCAAGAAUGUAUUUAGUGGUUUGGUCUUAUAAAACAAGGCAGCUUGGAAAAGUCAGUUCCUCUUCCUGUAUUAGCAGCAAGAUAGUUUGAACAGAGAUGAACACUCAGUCAGAUUAAUUCCUACCUAUGAGUUAAUAUAAUCUUGAAGUAAUUCAUUGGAAAAAGAUGACCAGAACUUACCCUCAGAAUUUUGAUGGAAGCUUCCUUGGUUCAGAAAAAUCUCUCUCCGUGACUAAAAGAGGUACCAUACGUGACCAACAAGAUUGCUGCAAGUUUUGCACUCGAAGAUGCAUCUGUGUAUCUGCCAUUGGUUUUAUUAUACUUGCCAUUAUCAUUGCUGCCAUUGCAAUAAUUGUCACAGUUGGUAUCCCCCCACGUACAGCAGUAAAUCGUUUGUGUGUGACUACCAGUAACCAGACAGGCUUUUUAUGUGACAACCGAGAGACCUGCAUAACAGCCAGCCAAGUCUGUGACACAAGAAGACAUUGUGCAAAUGGGGAGGAUGAGCAAAAGACGCUAUGUAGUGACCUACCUAACAAUCUUCCAGGUUACUUAAUAUUUCAUUGCGGCAAUCCCCGAUAUUGGAUACCUGCAGACAAAAGAUGCAAUGGGAUCAAUGAUUGUGGAGACUGCUCUGAUGAAGUAGGAACCUGGGCCAGCUGCCCUCCUUGUGGGUCUCAGUGGUGGAGCUGCACCAUGGUUGUCUUUCAUAAGUAUUGUACCUGCAUUCCCAGAAGCCUUUGUCGAGAUGGCAUACAGCACUGCUUUGACUGGUCUGAUGAAUAUAUCUGCACAAAGUGAGCAGCCAAGGACAGCAAACCUUCACACGAUAAUGGGAGCAAAUCAUCAAGUACUGUCAUUGUGGAACCACCAUUCAUUUUAGAGCUUUGCAGAGGAUAUUUUAUGUAGUGUUACAUACAGCACUUCCAGAUCAAUUAUUUGUCAUCUUUUAAGCUCAGGAAGAUAUUUAUAAACCUCAAAGACAUCAGCAAAUUGAUCAAAUUUGGAAUAAAAGAAAUCUGGACUUGACUUUCAUCUAACUUCAAGAGAGAAGACAUCACUCAAGCAAUAACUGACAAACUUACUGCACAAUUCUCUUGCUAAAUAAAAUGACAGAUACACUAUCUGUACUUCUGAUGAUGUAAACUAUGUGUUUUUGUUUGCCCACUUUCAACUUACCUGUCAACUUUUGGAUGAAUUUCACUGGGUUUUAUUGGGGAAGGAAUACUCAGAUGCGGCUUUGCCAGUUUCUGAAAUAAGACCUACAACUCCUGGUAUUCAUUGGCAGUUUCCCAUCCAAGUAUUAACCGGGACCAACCCUGCUUAGCUUCCAGGUUCAGAAAGUUUUUGGUUCUUUACUAGUAUCUAUUCAUACUCAACAUUAUGAAAUGACUGAGGGCCUCCUGUACCAAUUGUAGUUGAACCUUCUUUCCACACUCUCAUCUCUGUUAUUUUCUCUGAGGCUGGAUCAAGACUUGUCAUAUAAUCCAGUUUCAGAAUGCAGAUUAACUGCAUUGAACUGGAUUAUAUGGCAGUGUAGACUCAUAUAAUCCAGUUAUAUAGUUAAUCUGUAUUCUGAAUUAUAGCAUUGUGUUAUAUAGCAUUGUAGAUCCAGCCUCAGGAAACGAUUAACGUUUGCAUACAUUUAGUUCAAACCACGUCAGCAUGUUUGGUAACUUCUUUAUCCUUGUAUGCAUUUUGACGAAUGUUGUCUUGCAUUCAGAGAUUAAAUCUUGUUAAUUGAAGUGGAAGGCAAAAAGAAACAAAGGCCAGAACAAUAGCUAUCCAAUAAAAUGUUAAAAGACGUCAGUAAUCAUGGUUUUUUAUUAGUUCUAGCUAAGGUCUAGUCUUCUUAGAUAGAAUAACUUUGUAUGAGUUUCAUACUUUUAUGUAGAAGUUAAUCAUAUUAUAAAAUGUAAUCAGUACUUUAGAAAUUGUAUAUCCAAUAACCUGAUCUCUUUAACUAUAUCCAGUUUCAGAUUCCUUUCUGUCUGUUGUAAAGAGCCAUUCAGUAUAGCUAAUGCAAUAAACAAGUAUUGCAAGUACUCACCGAAGUAAGCCAAGAAUCUUGCAUCACAGUAUUUGACAAAUGUUAAAAGCAUCCAAAUAUUAAUGGUACAUAGAAACUAUGCUCACUGUUGUAGAAUCACAAUAACCAACGUUGUAAUUACAUUAUGUGUUUGCAUAAUGAUUUUUACACUACAUGUGUUCCUUGGCAAAUACAGGAAUAUCUGAGAAAAUAUUUGAGUCACAAUGGAGGCUAUUUACAUAUACAACUAUGAAUCCUAAAGAUUAGUUAUGUGAUGGAAAAAUGUUGAUUUAAAAUGAAAAACUGUAGGAUUAUUUUGCAAACUUUUAACUUACAUUAGUCAUUAGUUGAAAUAUAUAAA